UAAUGAUUGUAUGAUAAUUCCAUUUAAGUAGGUCUAUAAACUAUAUCGCAACGUAUGUGUGUAGAAUACACAUAAAAAAAAAUUAAAGUGAGAUUCUAUAUAUAACUUAGCAAAUAUAAGGUGAUGUUGUUAUACAUUAAGGAAUCACCACUUAUGUGCAAAUUACUGAAAGUUAAAACGCAGCCGCUUCCACAGUUUAGUUUAGUGCUCGUGUGACCGUUGAGCAAUUCGUAUCGCACAGUCUUUCGUAACGUCACUAACACAUUGAGUUAUCUAUAUCUAGUCCCAGUGACUGCACACAUCAUUCAAACAUAUUUUUCUAAUACGUUUGUACAUACGUUGUUUGUCAUCUUUUUUUUUUAUUAAUGAUAAAAAUUUAUCAAAUGGCCGUGUAAAAUGAAACUAUUUAUACGAAGUGUUUUGUAACUGUUACUUAUAGAUUUACCCAUAAAUUCUUUUGUUAUUUUAAAGAAAAGAAAAAGGAAGAAAAGAGAGAAGGAAAGAAAAAUUUUGACGAAUGCUCAGCGUCGAGACGUAAGUCUGUAGAAAGAUAUUUGUGGAGGAGGAAUCUGGGUAUCGGGUGUGCAUGGGUACCGUCUCAACGUCGACGAUAUAAUUCGAUAGUCGUAAUCUAGAGGUUGAAUGUGCGAGCGAGCGAAACCGAAUUGGUGAUCGAUACGAAAACAAACGACGAAAACGGCGACACUGGUGCAACGAUUUGAAACGUAAUGGUCAUUAAUGUCAUCGAUUCAUUAAUCGAGGUCACAUUGAAAAUUCAGAACGAUGGAGAUACGCGUACGAUACUUGUUCGCCAUUAUGCUGUGCAUAGCAAACAUGAUUAUUUAUGGUCUGAAAGUUAAUAUCGCAACGGCUAUCAUCGGUAUGGUGAAAAAAAAGCCGGGUAUACCGGAUUGGUCAGAUGAGUGUCCGGAAUUUGAUGUUCCUGUACAUGCCGAUAUCGAUGGUCCAUUCGAUUGGACAGCAAGCGAGCAAGGUUUGGUUAUUAGUAUAUACUUUGCUGGAUAUCUUGUCGGCAUGUUUCCAUCGGGAUAUUUGGCGGAUCGGUUUGACACGAAGUUAGUAUUGUUAAUAUGUGUGCUGGCAAAUGGAGUCUUAACAAUAUUGGUACCGAUCGCGGCAAGGGAGUUGUACGUACUAUACAUUGUUAGAUUUUUGACCGGUUUUGUGAGCGCAGCGAAUCUUCCUAUAGUAAAUGUUCUUUUGGGAACAUGGGUUGUGUACGAGGAAAAAAGCACAUGGGUCGGCAUUAUAUACGCUGGAACGUCGCUCGGCACCGUGAUAUCUAUUCUUACCUCGGGAUUGAUAUUACAUUACGUGGGCUGGGAGGCUAUCUUUUACAUCCAUGGAACGACACCGUUAAUCUGGUGCGUCGUCUUUUAUUUCUUUUUCGCCGGUUGUCCGGAAAAUCAGAAGUACAUAACGGAGCAUGAAAGAUCGUUUAUCGUGAACUCGUAUGGUCAUCGAGCACCUGGAUCCAGAAAGAUGAAGAUUCCAUGGAAAAGUAUAUUUACAUCGGUGCCAUUUUUGGCUCUGAUCGCUACGAAUUGCUUAGGCAACUUUUGUUGGUAUUUCUUGCUCACCCAACUGCCGCUUUAUAUGAACAAGAUAUUGCGAUAUGAUAUUACAUCGAAUGCCGCUAUCGUUUGCACACCGUAUCUCGUGAACGCCUUCACCAAUCCAUUAAUCGGACGAGUUUUAGAUUGGGGACGGCAAAAAGGAAUUUGGUCUCAAACAGUUGCGCGUAAAAUAGCAGUGUUCAUAAGCACUAUCCCACCUAGCAUCUUCCUCGUUAUAAUCGCGUACAUUGGUUGCGCUCGUGUGACGUCGACUGUGCUGCUAACCUUGAGUAUAGUAGUCUGUGGUGCUAUAUUCGUCGGUCAUCUUUGUAAUCAAAACGAUCUGGCACCAAAUUAUGCAGGAAUUCUCAUGGGUAUUACAAAUACUCCGGGUACUAUUUCCGCUUUUAUCCUGCCACCGAUAGUUGGAGCUCUCGUAGCGGAAGGACACACCAUAGCGCGAUGGAGAAUUGCAUUCUGGAUUACCAUCGUCGCCCAAGUUCUCGCUUUCGUGAUAUUUGCGUCCUUCGGAUCAGCCAAAAUUCAACCAUGGAAUUAUCCGGAGGCUGAAGCCGAAAACUGGGACGAGGACGCACAACAAGGACAACGGGAACGGCAACAAGAAACGAAGACUUAAAUUGAGACUACGUUUGUACAAUUCUUACUAAAAACUUAGAAGGGAAACAUUUUUUUUUUUUUAUAGAAAAAUGAAUUCCGCCUGUUGCAUAAGAAAUGUUAUAUAGGUAAAUUAAAUAAUUACGAUAAUAUAAGUUAUCGUCAAACGAAAUC